GGGUAUGGUCUUGUGAGACAAAGAUAAUCCCGAUUCAGCCGAUGCAUAGAAAUAGCUCGGCCGAAUCGGCCCGGCUCUACCGAUUACUCCUUCCUCCACGACGUGGACGCAACGCCUUUAACCAUCUGCUAUGCUCGGACGAACAUCGUCUCGGGUCAUCGCCAGCGUCGCUCAUCGACCACGGCGACCUCCACGACCUUCCCUGCGUGGUAUUCACACUCAACCAGCGCACGAACAUCCAUCGGAGCACAAUGACGACCAACCUGUAAAGACGAUCCCUAGCUUCGGUUCCGCUACGCCCCGCCAGCUAGUCGAAUACCUGAAUCAAUUCGUCAUCGGGCAGGAGAACGCUAAGAAGGUUCUUUCGGUUGCGAUAUUCAACCAUUACAACCGUGUCCGUGCCAACAGGAACCUCUUCCAACCAAGGGGUGCACGGAUGACAGACCAGUUUGAUGAUGUUGUGUACCCGACUAAUGUGCGCCCUAUACGCAAACCGAUUACAAACGCUUCAUCCUACAUGUCCCAGACACCAUUUCCAUUGUUUGAAAAGAGUAAUGUGCUAGUCAUAGGACCUACAGGAUCAGGUAAAACCCUUUUGGCUCGGACACUCGCCAACGUUCUCGAUGUGCCGUUCUCGGUCAGCGACGCAACAUCGUUCACUCAGGCCGGAUAUGUCGGCGAGGAUGUGGAUAUGGCAAUACAAAGACUACUACAAGAUGCCAAUUAUGACCCAGUACGAGCGAGCAUGGGUAUCGUAUACAUAGAUGAGAUUGACAAGAUUGCUCGGCGGAAUGGGUCAGGUAUGGAAGGUUCAAGAGAUGUGUCCGGAGAGGGUGUCCAACAAGCACUCCUCCGUAUGAUGGAGGGUUCCGUGGUCACUGUUCAAAUCAAGGGCGGCGAGGCACACCCUCCUCCCGACACGCAAUCAAGAAAUGGACAAGGCGCACCGAGUCCCUCUGUCGCCCCAGCGAAGAAUGAUAUAUACCACAUUGAUACCUCGAACGUGCUGUUCAUAUUGAGCGGCGCGUUCGUUAACUUGGACAAGAUUGUGAGACAACGGGUAUCGAAAGCUUCAAUAGGGUUCAGCGCGUCGGAAGACGACGGUCCUGCUGUUCCUUUUUUCACUCCCAAUCGAAAGGCGAAUACGUCUAUUUUGGAGUUAGUGGAGACACCUGAUCUAGUCCAGUAUGGCUUCAUACCGGAAUUCAUCUCCCGCCUACCGUCCAUCACGACAUUGGCGCCACUCACAAUACCUGAUUUGCGGAGGAUAUUGACGGAGGUCAAAGGGUCUUUGAUGUCACAGUACCAGGCUCUGUUCGGCUAUUCCGGUGUCGAUAUACGGUUCACAAGCGCUGCGAUUGAUGAGAUAUGUCGGAAGGCGGCAGACAAAAGUGGCGGAGCAAGAGGAUUGAGAGGGAUCAUGGAGAGCUUGUUGCUUGAUCCGAUGUACGAAGUUCCGGGAUCGGACGUUCGUCAUGUUCUGAUAACGGAAGAUGUUGUAAAGGGGAAGACCAGUGCCUUGUAUUGGCAGAGAAGUGAAGGCGCCGCUGUGGCUUUUCUGAAAGCUUGGGCAGCAGAGGAAGCCGCGUAUGGUCGUAGGGCAAAGGGGAACUCGUAGUGGGUCAUUGUAAUCGCGUACAUGUAUAGGGAUUGUAGACAUUA